AUGGCCCAUAAAGACACCCUCUUCCGCUCGGCGAGCAUGUCCUUGACCCAGCUCUACAUCUCUAAUGAGAUCGGCCGCGAAGUCGUCUCUGCCCUAGGUGAAGUUGGCGUUGUCCAAUUCCGCGACCUCAACGCCGAGACCACUGCCUUCCAACGCACGUUCACCAAGGAGAUCCGCCGGCUAGACAACGUCGAACGCCAGUUCCGUUAUUUUAAGGCCCAAAUGGACAAAUCUCAGAUCGAGAUGAGGAGUCAUUGGGACUUCGACGAGAAUAUGCUUGCAGUCCCACAAGCCAGCGAGAUUGAUGCGCUUGUGGAACGCGCGGAGGGUCUGGAACAGCGCAUCAGCAGUUUGAAUGAAAGCUACGAAACACUGAAGAAACGCGAGGUCGAGUUGACGGAGUGGCGAUGGGUUCUCAAGGAGGCCGGCGGUUUCUUCGACAGGGCUCAUGGACAGACUGAAGAUAUCCGAGCAAGCCUGGAUGAGGAUGAUGCUCCUUUGCUGCGAAACACGGAGGCUGAAGAAGGCAGAGCAAACGGCGAUGCCGGUCAGCAACAGCAGAGCUUUGCUGUCAUGAACAUCGGGUUUGUCUCCGGAGUUAUACCUCGUGAGCGACUACCCGCAUUCGAACGCAUCUUGUGGAGGACCCUCCGUGGCAACCUGUACAUGAACCAAUCUGAAAUCCCAGAGCCCAUCAUCAACCCUGAGAACAAUGAGGAGAUCCAGAAGAAUGUCUUUGUCAUCUUCGCCCACGGAAAGGAAAUCAUUGCAAAGAUCAGAAAGAUCUCCGAAUCUCUAGGGGCAGAUCUUUACACCGUCGAUGAGAACAGUGAUGUUCGAAGGGAUCAGAUUCACGAAGUCAACACUCGUCUCAGUGACCUUGCGAGUGUCCUCCGAAACACCAAGAACACCCUCGAUGCGGAGCUCAGUGCCAUUGCUCGAUCUCUCGCUGCUUGGAUGAUUGUCAUUAAGAAAGAGAAGGCUGUCUAUAAUGCUUUGAACAUGUGCUCUUACGAUCAUGCCAGAAAGACAUUGAUUGCGGAAGCUUGGUGUCCCACCAACACUCUACCGCAGAUUCGACGUACCUUACAAGAUGUCAACGACCGGGCUGGAUUGUCUGUGCCUACCAUUGUGAAUCAGAUUAGGACGAACAAGACUCCACCCACUUACAACAAGACCAACAAGUUCACGGAAGGAUUUCAAACCAUCAUCAAUGCCUAUGGUACCGCCAAAUAUCAGGAAGUCAACCCUGGCCUCUACACCAUCGUUACGUUCCCGUUCCUGUUCGCCGUGAUGUUCGGUGACUUUGGACACGGAUGUUUGAUGGCUAUGGCCGCAACAGCGAUGAUCUACUGGGAAAAGCCAUUGGCGCGGUCCAAGCAGGAUGAACUCUUCGCAAUGGCAUUUUACGGUCGCUACAUCAUGUUGAUGAUGGGUAUCUUCUCCAUGUACACCGGCCUCAUUUACAACGAUGUCUUCUCAAAAGCAUUUACUCCUUUCCCCUCCGCGUGGGAGUUCCCUGAAGAGGGCCGUCCAGAAGUUACAGGUCAUCUCAAGGGUAGCUAUCGGUAUCCAUUUGGUCUGGAUUGGGCAUGGCACGGCUCCGAGAAUGACUUGCUCUUCAGCAACAGUUUGAAAAUGAAGCUGUCAAUUCUCAUGGGUUGGGCCCACAUGACUUAUGCUCUAUGCUUCUCCUACGUCAAUGCCAGACAUUUCAAAUCUCCCAUCGACAUUUGGGGCAACUUUGUGCCUGGAAUGAUAUUCUUCCAGGCCAUCUUCGGAUACCUCUCUUUCUGCAUCAUCUACAAAUGGUCUAUCGACUGGUCAGCCGAAGGUCGCAACCCACCGUCCUUGCUCAACAUGUUAAUCCAGAUGUUCCUGUCACCCGGGAAUGUAGAAGAGAGCGAGCAGCUUUACUCAGGUCAAGCAGGCGUCCAGGUAUUUCUGCUCUUGAUUGCCGUCAUCAACGUGCCUAUUCUUCUACUCUUGAAGCCUCUGUAUCUGCGCUGGCAACAUCAGAAGACCGCUGCCCAAGGAUACCGCGGGAUCGGCGAUACCAGUCGCGUCACGCAUGCUACGGAUCUAGAUGACGACGACCAUGAGAAUCGCAACACCAACGAACGGCGCAUGAAUGGGCGGCCAAGUGAGGAUGAUGACGAAGGCGCGAUGAUCACUGAGAAUAUUGGAGACGAGGAGGAAGAGGAAUUCGAGUUUUCGGAGGUCAUGAUUCAUCAGACUAUUCAUACGAUCGAGUUUUGCCUCAACUGCGUCUCCCAUACGGCUUCGUACCUCCGCCUGUGGGCCCUCUCUCUUGCUCAUCAACAACUCUCCAUUGUGCUGUGGAACAUGACACUGGGAAAUGCAUUUGGCGUCUCCUCCGGCCCGGUACAGGUUAUCAUGCUAGUUGUCACCUUUUACUUCUGGUUUGUGUUAACUAUUGCUGUCUUGUGUGUCAUGGAAGGGACGAGUGCGAUGUUGCACAGUCUCAGGUUGCACUGGGUGGAGGCAAUGAGUAAGCAUUUCAUUGGGGAGGGUGUUACAUUUGAGCCUUUCAGUUUCAAAUUGUUGUUAGAGGAGGAACCAGUGGAUUGA